CGUUCCCCAACAGUCCCGGCGUACUACAUUGUGUCUCUUCAGGCCAUUAUGGUGGGAGGCAGGCAACUCAACAUACCCACCUCGGUCUUCUCCGCCGAGUCGCUCAUGGACUCCGACACAAUCAUCACGCGCCUGCCGCGGACCGCGUACUCGGCGCUGUCGUCGGCGUUCAAGGCUGGCAUGAAGCAGUACCCGCUGCCACAGCCCAUGGGCAUCUUGGACACGUGCUUCGACUUCAGUGGCCAGUCCAGCAUCAGAAUACCGAGUGUUGCACUGGUGUUCUCCGGGGGCGCCGUCGUCAACCUCGCCCCCGAGGGGAUCAUUCUGGACAGCUGCCUCGCCUUCGCGGCUAACCGUGAUGACAACUCCCUUGGCAUCAUCAGCAACGUGCAGCAGAGGACGUUCGAGGUGCUCUAUGACGUUGGUGGCGGCGCCGUCGGGUUCAAGGCUGGGGCAUGCUGA